AUGCAGAUCUUUGUGCGAAUAGGUAAAACGAUUGUCUUGGACGUGGAACCUGCUUACACUAUUCAGAGAACGAAAGAGCUAGUUCAUCACAAAGAAGGCGUUCCUGUCGAGCAACAGAUUCUCAUAUUUCAAGGGAAGAGCCUGGUGAAUGGAAGAACAUUAGCGGACUACAGCAUUGGCAAGGAGUCAACACUGCACUUGAGCUUGAGACCGAGUGCACGUGGCACAGUGAUCCGGAUCUUCGUCAAAACACAGUGGGAAGACAUCAUGAGGUUUGAAGCCAAGCUGGAUGACACAGUCUACGACUUGAAGCUUCGCAUUCAGGCCACAUAUGGCCCUCCUCCAGAUCAACAGUGCCUUAUAUUUGCGGGGGACACGCUGGAUAAUGGGAGAAGGUUAUCCGAGUACAGGAUUGACAAUGCCACACUGUGGCUGGUGUUGAGGACGGGGAGGAUCAGAUCAUUUGCUUCACAUGCCAGAUCGGAUCCCUUGAUCAAGUACUUGAUGCUUUCCGAUGAAGAUCGGACAGCGGCAGAGGUGCCCUUGGAAGCUCUGAAGGAGAAGGCACAAAGCAAGAAUGUAUCCGGCUUUAACACUUAUAGGUUCAGAGUGGGUGAAGAAAUCGUGGGUCGUGAGGACCGCAUGCUCUUAUCAAGCUUUCUUGACUAUAUGUGGGACCAGACAGCCUCUGUUCAAUUCCUCCAUCGAGUUGACCUGCGCCUCCACCUCUCGGAGCAACAAGUCAUACGACUUCUGGGCGCUGAUGGUCAUCCGAACGCAGAAGCUACUGUGAAGAAGCUUCGCGCUGCCUUUGUCGUCAUACCCAACACCAAAGGCGGCAAAGCGAAAUUCGUCCUACGUGUGACCCGGGGACCUGUCAAUGCUUGUGUUAGUUUUGAUUGUGACGGUUGCGCGGCUGGCACAGUGCAGGUUGCGUUGAACGAUCCUUGCAAGUAUGAAGGUGGUAGACUAUGUUUCUUUGUGAAUCACCAGCUCCAUGUGCUUGAACGGCCAGCUGGAUCUGUAUGCCAACACCCGUGUGGAGUGCUAUAUGGCGUCACAGCCUUAACGAAAGGCGUGCAGAAGAGCCUUAUGGUGGUGGACGUGGCUGGUUCGGUUCACGGUGGCAUGGUGCAUGUGACCGGCGCUCAUGUCCAGGGCUUUCUGGACCACCGAGAAGCGGUCAAGGCGAAACGCCGGAAGGUGGAGAUGUGCUGCAAUUGCUUGGCCAAACCUUCCGAGAUUGCUUUAUUUCCAUGUGGCCACCUGUGCCUUUGCGAUGAUUGUUCGGGAGAGGGGAUAAAUCAAUGCCUACGAUGUAGCACACCAGUGAAGAGCAAGCAGAAGAUCAUCCUAUAG